CUCCAUUCCUUACCAUUCGACGGCGUGCUCGCAACCAUCUUCCAGCCUGGUCAAACGAGGACCGGGGAGGAACCGAUCCCUAUGAUGUCAAUUCCUCGUAAUGAUUACGCGAAAGGCCUUAAAGGGCCAGAAUCCCCACUGCCAGACCGACAUCGAUCUCAACAAGCUCUCGAGCUAGCAUUCUCAGGAGAACCGUGUGAAAUUUGAAUCCAAACAAUACGACUUCACCAAGCAUUUAACAUGAAGGUCAUCUUCUAUCACGUCUCCGUGGCCGCCAUUGCCUUGUACGGGCACCAUCUUUGCUCAGCCGCACCUCUCCCCAGUGCCGUUGAUGCCCUCGAGUCUGUCAGUCCUGUUGGAAUUACGGCGGAACCUCACGUCGGAGUCACGAACAGUUUGAACAACAAUAUCGACUGCGUGAUGCGCCGCAGUGUGUCGACGACCGUGGGGGAGUCUGUCGCGAUUGGACAGGACGGAAAGCUCGUUAGCACAGACACUCAGGCUGAUGCCGAGGCUGCUGAUACUGCGGACAACCUUCUGAACUAUUGUUAAGAGGUUUUUUCUGUGAUAACGUCUACCGGCGUAUAUUACUAGCUAGCGCUGUGUAUGAUGGGACGAC